AUGCGGAGCUUGCUGUGGCUCGCGGCCCUCGGCCUCGCCGCCGCUGAGGACGGCCUCAACGGCUGGUUACGAUACGCCCCGAUCCCAAGGGCAAAGUGCUUUCACAAGAAGUUGCCUAGCAGCAUUGUCGCACUAAACGCUACCGAGGGUUCGCCAGUCUACACGGCCCGCGUGGAACUCGAGGAGGGCAUUAAAGGCAUCUUCGGCAAGGAAUUGGCCUCGGGGACGGGCAAUGGCCCAGCGGCUACUGUUGGAACCAUCCAUGCUUUCGUCGAAGAGAACCCGACAGUGGCCAGCAGCCUUCCGGGCCUUAUCGAAGACGGCUUUUUCCUCAAUGUCUCCCAUGGGAAUGUCCUGAUCCUUGGCCAGAAUGAGCGCGGAGCCCUCUACGGAACUUUCCACUAUCUGUCGCUGCUCGCCCAAGGCAACGUCUCUGAUCUGUUGUUGACCUCGAACCCCGAUGCGCCUGUCCGGUGGGUGAAUCAGUGGGAUAACAUGCAAGACGGAGGGACGCACGGCAGUGUCGAGAGAGGCUACGGCGGCGAUUCCAUCUUCUUCUGGGACGGUUGGGUCCGCGAGGAUCUCACUCGGGCUGCCCAGUAUGCUCGCCUCCUGGCAUCCAUCGGUAUCAACGCCGUCGUUGUCAACAACGUCAACGCAAACGCCUCCAUUCUUACCCCUGAGAACAUGGACGGCCUGGCAAGGAUCGCCAACGUCUUCCGGCCGUACGGCGUGCAGCUUGGAAUUUCCCUCAACUUCGCUGCUCCGCAGCUGCUUGGUGGACUGUCCACGUUUGACCCACUGGACAAAUCUGUUAUCGACUGGUGGCAAGGCGUCACGGAUCAGCUUUACCGCAGAAUUCCCGACAUGGCCGGCUAUCUCGUCAAGGCCAACUCGGAGGGUCAGCCCGGCCCAAUGACGUACAACAGGACACUGGCCGACGGCGCCAAUCUCUUUGCCCGUGCUUUGCAACCCCACGGCGGUAUUGUCCUCUUCCGUGCCUUCGUAUACGACCACAGAAGUCUCAACCAAACGCUGGACUGGAAAGCAGACCGGGCCAACGCCGCAGUCCAGUACUUUGAUGGCCUUGACACCGAGUUUGAGGACAACGUGGUCAUCCAGAUCAAAUAUGGGCCCAUCGAUUUCCAGGUCCGAGAACCUGUAUCCCCGCUCUUCUCCCACCUGAUUCAGACGGGGACUGCCAUUGAGCUGCAGAUCACCCAAGAAUACCUCGGUCAGCAGGCCCAUCUGGUGUACUUGGCCCCUAUGUGGAAGGAGAUCCUCGACUUUGAUCUCCGCGUCGAUGGCAAGCGCUCUGUUGUUUCUGACAUUGUCAGCGGCAAACGCUUUAACCGAAAGCUCGGCGGGUACGCCGGCGUGGCCAAUGUUGGAACCAACACAACAUGGCUCGGGAGCCAUCUUGCCAUGUCAAACCUGUACGCAUAUGGCAAGCUCGCGUGGAACCCGUCUGCCACCUCGACGGGCAUUCUCAAGGAGUGGAUCAAACUCACGUUCAGCCACGACCCUCAAGUCAUCGACGUCAUCACCAAGAUGUCAAUGGAGUCCUGGCCGGCGUACGAGAACUACUCCGGUAACCUCGGUAUCCAGACGCUAACGGAUAUCCUCCUCGGCCACUACGGCCCGAACCCGGCUUCGCAAGACGGCAACCCAUGGGGCCAGUGGACGCGGGCCGACGCCGACACGAUCGGCAUGGACCGCACCGUCUGGAACGGCACCGGAUUCGCAGGGCAGUACCCGCCCGAGGUCGCGGCCAUGUACGAGAAGAUCGAAACGACGCCCGACAACCUGUUACUCUGGUUCCACCACGUCCCGUACACCCAGCGUCUCAAGUCCGGCAAGACGGUGAUCCAGCACUUUUACGAUGCGCACUACGAAGGCAGCGCCACGGCGCAGACCUUUGUCCCCCUUUGGCAGUCGCUCAAGGGCAGAAUCGACAAGGAGCGCUACGAGCACGUGCUCUUCCGCCUCGUCUACCAGGCGGGCCACUCGCUCGUGUGGCGUGACAGCAUCAACAUGUUCUACUUCAACAAGUCCGGGAUCCCGGACGAGGCCGGCCGCGUCGGCAACCACCCGCACCGCAUCGAGGCCGAGGACAUGACGCUCGAAGGAUACAAGAGCUAUCUCGUGUCGCCGUUCGAGGCUGCGAGCAAGUUCCACUGCAUCGUCACGGCGGACAACUCGACGCGCGGGACCGCCUACACGACGCUGCAGGUCGAGACCGGCAAGUAUGACCUGGCGGUCAACUACUAUGAUAUGGCGAUCGGCAACUCGACCUGGGAGCUGUACGUCGGCGACGACCUGGUGGGCACGUGGAAGGGCGAUCUGGAGUACAUCCUCGGCCGCGCGCCGUCGCCGUACAUUGACGGCCACACCGCGUCGAGAAUCACGUUCAAAGGCGUGAAGGUGAAGAAGGGGAGCACGCUCAAGAUUGUGGGCACGCCUGACGGACUGGAACCUGCGCCGGUCGAUUACAUUUCCAUUCUGCCCGAGGGGGUGAUUGACUGA